UCACCUUUCAUCUACUUUAGAAGCAACAUCCAAGAUCCAAAUCCACAUACUACACAACCGACGACCUCACCGAUCGAUAUCUUUGGAUCCAAAUUGUUAGUUCCCGGCCUCGCGCUUACAACCAAACGCCACUCUACCGCCCGUGAAACCGCGCGCUUGUCCGGCAUCGCAGCGCAGCACACCAGACAAACAAUCAUUCCCGAGCGACUACAGAUAUAUCGAUAUAUCAACAUAUCCAUAACAGAAAUCACCAUGGCGGCCGAUAUCUGCGCCCAGGGCAUACUGCCAGACACCUCGGAUUGGUAUCACGGGGGGAUAAUACCCUCCUCACAUGAGUCACAUCAGCCAGCCCCACCACCGGCACCGGCACCACUGCUAUCGCGCUGCUCAUCCACCUCAUCCCUGACAUCGACAUACUCAGUAUGUAGUCAUGAUUCCUCGUCUACGACAGACUCGUCGUCGCCCGACGAGAGCUAUCCCAUCAUCGGGAUACUGAAAAAACCUAAACCUACUACUACUAGAAGGCGGGUUUCUAAUAGCAAACAAGCGUCGUCGCAAGUUGACCAUAGCAGCGCGCAAGAGGGUAAAAGUAUUACUUGUAAUACGAAAUGUGGGAACGAAAGUUAUCAUGAUGAAGAGCAUACCAAAGGCGGCGCACAAGAAGAAGAUGAAUAUUCCUGGGAGGAGGAAGAAGACGAAGACGACGAUGCAAGCGAAUGCGACAUCAUCUUCGAAAGACACGUCACAUUUACCGAGCCCCUCGCCACAGAUCUCGUCAGCGGUAGUCCCGUGCAACCCUCGCCACACUCGCGGACCGAGUGGACGGCGCGCAGAGCGAGGGAGUGUCUGGAGCGGAUGCGGCUUGAUGGGGGUUGGCUGGGUUGCGAAAUUUACGAGGAUGAGGAUGAUGAUGGGGAAGGGCAUGAUGGUGGGAGAAGAGUGCAGGAUGAAGAGAAUGAUAGUGAAGAUGAAGAUGAGGACGAAGAUGAUGAUGCUAGAGGAGAGCGAGGAGGAUCCGACGGAAAGGAAGUGGGAGUGGAAGAUAUACCUCUGCAGUCUGCAGUGCGUGGGAAGCAGACAGAGAAGACCAGAGAUGUUAACGCUGGAAACGAUUCAGUCCAUCAUCGGGUUCAGGAGAUUCUCGCAUUGCAUAUGUAGUCAACAAGCAGAUUUACAGCACGAAUAUCAUGAUG